AUGCAACAUGUGAUACCAUUUCUAAAAAAUGAAGAAAAUGUUAUCGAUCCGGAUGAAGUAAUAUUUGUCUAUGACAAAGCACCAUGCAUGCGAGCAAAUAUGACUCAACAUUUGCUUCAAGACAAUAACAUCAAAUUCUGGGGAAAUUACACUUGGUCCGGAAACUCGCCUGAUCUAAAUGUGGCUGAACAUAUUGGAACAGUAAUUAAAAAUGAAGUUGAAAAAAAAAUGCUAUCAGAAACGGAACAUGAUCGUUAUCGAGGAGAAACUUUGAAGAAACGCAUUUCAGAUGUUUUGAAAAAUAUGGAAACGGAUAUUGAAUUAUUUGAAACUCUCUUAUGUUCGUAUCCGUCACGUCUUCGUACUGUAAAGAAUGCUAACGGUCGUCAUACUGAUUAUUGA